AUGUCAUGGGAGUAUAAGCGCGCGCUGUCGGCCAAGCUUAAGUCGCGCUUUAAACAUCGUGAGGUUACAGGCUUAAAUAAUGACUCCAAAACAAACAAGAGAAGAAAUACUAGAGAAAAAACGACUGCGACUGAGCGACAAAGAUUAGAAAAAAAUAAAAGUGAUCCUGUAUUACGAGCAAAUCAACAAGAAAAAGAAAGACAAAAAUAUUUAACCAAAAAGAGUAAAGGAAUAAUUCUACCAAUAGGUGAAAUGUCUCCAAGA